GAAGCACUGCAAAUGGAGACUCCAGUCCUCCUCACACUCCUAACCUUGACUUUGUCUCUCUGCCUAUAUUAUGGCGGCUACAUCCGCUCGCCUUCAUCAGGGACACUGCCACUGCCACCAGGUCCGGGGCUCAUCGCCGGACUCACAGCCCUCAUCCAGCAACGAGACCUUGCCUCGACCUUCCACGCUUGGAGCCAGACGUACGGCCCCGUAGUACACCUCCAAGUCGGAACUCGAUCAUUUAUUAUCCUAGGCACUCGGCAGGUCGCACAGGAACUGCUCGAGAAACGUGCCAGCAUUUACAGCUCGCGCCCCCCGUCAGUAUGGCUGGACAAUUACCUUCACAAAGGGCUGGCGGCCGCCUUCAUGCCGUACGGACACGAAUGGCGCCUCAAUCGCCGGCUGCACAUGUCGCUGCUCAACUUCCAAUGCACCAACGCUUAUCAGCAUCUGCAGGAUAUUCAAAGUAAGCAGCUGAUGUACUCGUUUCUCCCGUCCGCAGACAGCAGAAGCAGCAGCAGCAGCAGCAGCAGCAGCAAGACCCCCAAAUUCUCCGAUCUCUUCUACCAAUACACCGCCAAUGUCAUGUUCACCCUCGUCUACGGCAAGGGCCAGGGCCGCUCCGACAGCGACCACAUGCGCCUAGAACAGAUCAACGAGAUGGCCGUCUUCAUUCUCCAAGCCACCUCAUUCUGGACCAAUCUCCUGGACCUUUUCCCCAUCUUGGACCGCCUCAUCCCCGCCCGCAGCCUCCUCACCUGGCGCACCAAAGCCAGCGCCCUGCACGAGCAGACCAAAUCCGUCUACCAGGAGUGCACCGACAGCGCCCUCAGCGCUCCCUGCUGGAACUGGAGCCACGAGAUCACCACCAAGUCCGACAUCAUGGCCUCUCUCCCGUGGGACCACGUCUGCUACUCGCUGGGCGAGCUGUACGUGGCGGGCAUCCACACCACUAAGAUGGUGCUGGAGAACUUCGUUCUGGCCAGCCUGCUUCACCCAGAGACGGUCGAGGCAGGGCAGCGCGAGCUCGACGCCGUGGUUGGCGCCUCACGACUCCCCACCUUUGCCGACAUCCCGGCCUUGCCCUACCUCGAUGCCAUCAUCUCGGAGCUCCUGCGCUGGCGGCCCAUCUCUCCGAUCGGGGUGCCACAUGCGGUCAUACAGGAGGACGAUUAUAUGGGGUAUCGGAUUCCGAAAGGUGCGACGGUCAUCGCAAAUCAGUGGGGGUUCAACAUGGAUGAGGAGGUGUUCGAGGAGCCGCAGGCCUUUCAGCCCCAGCGGUAUGUUGAGGACCCCGGGCUGCCAGUUUCGGCGUUUGGGUUCGGGAGGAGGUUGUGUCCGGGCUAUCGACUGGCACGGGCCUCGUUGUUCAUCGUGGUGGCAAGGCUGCUGUGGGGGUUUGACAUCGUUCGCGAUGAGAUGGGGGAGAGUGAAGGGGAUGCGCCUCCUCUAACGAAGCAUUCGGAUCCCGCUGCUGUCAAGGCCAAAUUCAGCUUGCGAAGCGAGGACAGGAAGAAGAUCAUUGAGGACGAGUGGGAUACCAGGGAGAAGGAUGAAAGAGUGAUUCUGGAAGAAGUGAGGGCACGGAUGGUGGGGGGCUCACGGUGA